GAUUUAUUCAGUUUGCACUACAGCAUAUAAACUUUGGUUUAUAUUAAAGCCAAUUCUGCUUAAAUUAAUUGUAUUCAUUUAUUAUAUUUCUGUAAUAUAACAAUUAUUGAAAUAAAUCUAUAUCAAAAAUUAUUCAAACCUAACCUCAAAUUAACAUUCCACUUUCCACUAAUUUUUCCACUUACUCGUGCUCUUGCUACUUCCACAGACUACAGUUCAACUAAUAAACUGCUGCCACUUCAGAAUCAUAAUGGGGAAAUAUUUGAAACUUUCAUACGACAUAAGUUCACAUGAGAUACCUACAACCAAAGUUCCUGAAUUCCAAUACCGAGUUACUCCUUUUCCAGCUUCGGACUUGAUUAACAUUUCAAUUUGUAACUGUGAAUUAAUUACAAAUGAAAAAAAUAGAAAGGUUUAUUAUUUGAAAUUUUCUAGAGAGAACAUAAAUUUUCACUAUGAGCCAGGAUAUACAAUAGGAAUACUUCCAAGUAACAGCAUCGAACUGGUGAACAGAAUUCUUAUACGUUUGGGUUUGGAGGAUGUUGCAGAUCAGUGUUACAAGUUGAGUUUAGAUGAAAGUGCCACUAAAAAAUUGAUUCCAAAACAUUUACCUGUUUAUGGUACCUUAAGGAAUCUUUUAUUACACAAUGUUGAUCUGACCAGUGCUCCCAAGAAGUUAUUUCUCAAGAGUUUAUUGGAGUAUACAACUGAUGAAAAAGAAUGUGAUACACUGUUGUUCCUAUGCUCUCCAAAAGGUUCAAUAGAGUAUCAAACUCUGAUAUCGUCAUACACCAAAAGAAGUGUUUUAGGACUCCUAGAGAUGUUCCCAUCAUGUCAACCUCCAAUUGAAGUUCUUCUCAAACACUUACCACCUUUAUUACCUAGGGCAUACUCCAUAUCUUCCUCACCAUUGAAUGAAGAAUAUUUAAGUAUAACAUUCAACGUUGAUACAUUCCCUGAUAACCAAAGAGGUUUAUGUACAAGUUGGCUAGAAAGAUGCAUCCAUGAAUAUGAAAAGACUAAGCAUGUUGAAGUGCCAAUAUAUCUUAGAAAUCCAUCAUCUUUUGUUUUGCCUGAGGAUAAUUCUGUGCCUAUUAUUUUGAUAGGUACAGGAACAGGAAUUUCACCUUUCAGGGGAUUUUUAGAACACAGGCAUCUUAAUAUAGCUGGUGGGGCAUCCUAUGGUAAAUCUUGGUUAUUCUAUGGUUGUAGAGAUUCUAACAGAAACUACCUAUUCAAAAGUGAUUUGAAAGAAUAUUUAGCAUCUGGAGCAUUGUCUAGGUUGUGUGAGUCUUUUUCAAGAGAAUCGGAGACAAAUAAGUAUGUCCAACAUGAAAUUGAAAAAUAUACUGAGGAGUUAGGUACUUGGAUUGUGAAAGAUAAUGCAAUAGUGUAUGUUUGUGGUGACUUUCUAAGAAUAUUGCCUGCUGUUAAAGAAGCAGUCUUGAAAGUUCUGGUGGAAUCGCAAGAUUUUCCAGAAAAUGAUGCACAAUUAUAUCUGAAAGAAAUGGAGGAAAAGGGAAGAUAUAUUGUAGAUAAUUGGAAUUGAAACUUGUAUAUAAUAUUUUUAUGGAAUAAAACAGACUAAAUCAUC